UGGUUAAAAAAUCCAUCCGCCAUUUUCUGCAGUCAGAUUGUGUUGUUGGAAGUUCGUGAGUUCAGACGUCAGUAAACAUCAGCAGAAUUAGAAAGACUAAUCAAGAGAUUUUUAAUCAUGGGUUCGGGUGUCGCGACCAAGAGUUUUGCUCUGCUUUGUUUUUUGUUCCUCUGCGGGACUUCUUCACUUCAAGCAGAAAAACACUCCCUGUAUUACAUUUACACGGCCUUGUCCAAACCUGUCGAGCUGCCGGGCAUCUAUGAAUUCACUGCUAUGGGUCUGCUAGAUGACAGACAGAUUGACUAUUAUAAUAGCAAGGAAAAGAGAAAGAUUCCCACACAGCACUGGAUGAAAGAGAAAAUGCAGGAGGAUUACUGGGAAAAAGGCACCCAGUCCAGAAAGAGCAAAGAACAGUGGUUUAAUGUGAACGUCAACAUUCUGAUGGGCCGUAUGAAAGACAAUGAUUCAGAUGUUCAUGUACUUCAGUGGAGACAUGGUUGUGAAGUUGAGGGAAAUGGGGGAAAUGAACCGCUUUGGAAGUUUUCCAGAGGCAUUGAUGAGUACAGCUAUGAUGGCAAUGACUUUCUGUCUUUUGAUGAUAAGGAGUCUCGGUGGAUUGCCCCUGUUGAUGAGGCUCUUCCAACCAAGAGGAAAUGGGAUGAUGUGCCCAUUCUAAACCAGUACACCAAGGGCUACCUGGAGAAAGAGUGUGUGGACUGGCUCAACAAAUUCAGAGAAUAUGGAGACGAGGAACUCAGAAAUGGCUCUCCUCCAAAGGUAUAUGUGUCUGCAAAAAAGUCUACCAGUGACAAGCUGAAACUCAGCUGUCUGGCCACUGGCUUCUACCCCAAAGACGUCAUGUUGACGAUAAGGAAAUAUCGAACAUCCCUGCUUGAAGAUGAGGUUGAAUCCACAGGAGUCAGACCAAACCAUGAUGGAACCUUCCAGCUGAGGAAAAGUGUAAACAUCAAGGAGGAUGAAAAAGCUGAAUAUGACUGUUUUGUGUCCCACAGUACUCUCAAACAACCAAUCAUCGAGAAAUGGGAUGGAAAAUGCAAAGACUGUAAUGAAGGCUCUUUUAUGGUUAUGGGAAUUGCGAUUGGAGCUGUAGUUGUAGGACUUCUUGUUCUAGGGAUCUGCGUUUACCUUUUUAAGACUAAAAAAAUGGUUUUCCUACAACGGAGUCAAACAAAUGGAGUUGCAAAUGGUGCUAAUGGAACAAACCAAAACCUUCUCCCAGUUUGCACACAACAGAGUCAAACAAAUGGAGUACCACAUGCUAAUGGAGCAAACCAAAGCCUUCUCCAAGGAAAUAACAGCAAUGGACAUGUUCCCAAUGGAGGAGCCAAUGGAGCUGUCUAAUGGAAGAUGCUGUCCAAAGCAGAAAUAACAUGAUAAAUUACCUGAGGAUAAGGAUCUCACAUCUAUGCUCACUUCUAUUUUUGUAAUCAAAUCAACUUUUCCAGAGUAUGAGAUCAAUUUAGCUGAUAUGGAAGGGGUUUUAUUACAUUGAUGCAUUGUUUGAUUACAUUUAAUGUGAAUUACAUUGCAUUCAAGGCAUACGUUUCAUCAGUACAUCCAUGAAAUGAACCUAUCGCUAGCAAUUGCUCUAGAGCGGGGGUGUCAAACAUACGGCCCACAAAGGUGUCCAAUGAUUUGAACUACAAUAUUAAAAAAAAGAGAGAUGCACUA